AUGGAUGACAGAGAUAAUAACAAAGAACUGAAUCAGAAAUUAAACUUUUCCUGUGGUGAGGAAGAGACUGAGAGAGAAGAGCAGAGGAAAUCGCCAGAGAGCAUGGAGGCCCAGAACCAAACCCCAAGGAAGGAUAAAGUUCAGGACUUGGAGGCAAUGGAGGUGAUGUUCUCUCCACCCAGGACUCCCCUUAGUAACAUAGGUGAACUCGACGCAUCUCAGGAAAAAGACAAAGGAAGCCCAGAUCAGAGUUUGAGGACUUCAGUGUCCCAGCCUCUCAAAUGUCCUGAGACACCCACCCAACUAGAGAAAAGGAGCCUGCUGCUUCAUGGUGACAGCCCCUCUACUCCCAAAAGCAUGCCGAGCCAGUUGGUGAUUUCUCCCACAGGGAAGCCUCCACCCAAAAGCUCUAAGCAUUUGAAGCUCACGCCUGCUCCCCCCCGGGAUGAGAUGGCUUCAUUGUCUCUGGUCAAUAUUAAUCCCUUCACUCCAGAGUCCUAUCGAAAAUUACUCAUUCAAUCCAGUGGCAAAAGGAAAAUCCGAGGAGACCUUGAGGAAGCUGGUCCAGAGGAAGGCAAGGCUGAACAGGGGCUGCCUGCCAAGAGAUGUGUUCUACGAGAAACCAACAUGGCUUCCCGCUACGAAAAAGAAUUCUUGGAGGUAGAAAGAAUUGGGGUUGGAGAAUUUGGUACAGUCUACAAAUGUAUUAAGAGGCUGGAUGGAUGUGUUUAUGCAAUAAAACGCUCUAUGAAAUCUUUUACAGAGUUAUCAAAUGAGAAUUCGGCUUUGCAUGAAGUUUAUGCUCAUGCAGUGCUUGGCCAUCACCCCCAUGUUGUGCGUUACUACUCCUCGUGGGCAGAAGAUGACCACAUGAUCAUUCAGAAUGAAUACUGCAAUGGUGGGAGCUUGCAAGCUGUUAUAUCUGAAAACACUAAGUCUGGUAAUCAUUUCCAAGAGCCAAAACUCAAGGAUAUCCUUCUACAGAUUUCCCUUGGACUUAAGUACAUCCACAAUGCUGGCAUGGUGCACAUGGACAUCAAACCCAGUAACAUCUUCAUUUGCCACAGGAUGCAAAGUGACUCCCCUGAAGUCUUAGAUGAAGUUGAAAAUGAAGCUGAUUGGUUUCUCUCGGCCACUGUGAUAUAUAAAAUUGGUGACCUGGGUCAUGUGACAUCAAUAAGCAAACCCAAAGUAGAAGAAGGAGACAGUCGCUUCCUGGCUUAUGAGAUUUUGCAAGAGGAUUAUCAGCACCUUCCCAAAGCAGACGUGUUUGCUUUGGGAUUAACUAUUGCAGUGGCUGCUGGAGCACAGUCAUUACCUGCCAAUGGUCCUGCGUGGCACUAUAUCCGAGAGGGUAACUUUCCUGCCAUUCCUCAGGAGCUCUCAGAAGACUUUGACAGUCUGCUCAAGAGUAUGAUCCACCCUGAUCCAGGAGAGAGACCUUCUGCAGCAGCUCUGGCUAGAAAUCGAGUUCUAAGGCCCUCCUUGGGGAAAGCUGAGGAGCUCCAGCAGCAGCUGAAUUUGGAAAAGUACAAGACAGCCACACUGGAAAGGAAACUGAGAGAAGCCCAGCAGGCCCAGUCCCCGCAGGGAGCCCCUGAGGUCUCUGAGGCCCCCACAGGAUCAGGAAGCAGGAAACUUCUGGUGGGAGGAAAGAGUGCAAAGUCUUCAAGCUUUACUUGUGAGUAA